AUGUCCUUGAGUAGACCCACUAGGUGCCCCUCUUCCCGCUCCCACGGUCGGGCCUUUCCUCUAAAGUCCCAGCCUUCCGGGGCCCCGGUUCCGGCCCCACCUGCCAGGCCCGGGGCCGCCCCGCCCCCGCCGCGGCCGGCUUCCAUCCCCGGCCCCGCACCCCGCGCUCGCCGCCGCCGGGGGCCCGUCGCUCGCGGCUCCUGCGAGCGACCUGUUUCCGGUGAGGCAAGGGCGUCUCCGCCGCGGCCCUGCUCCCGAACGCGCAGGAUAGCCGGCGGCGGCCAGAUGCAGGCGGAGCGAGGGGCCAGGGGCGGCCGCGGACGCCGGCCGGGCCGCGACCGGCCCGGCGGGGACCGCGACCGCGAGCGGGCGGGCGCCGCAGCGACGGUGGCAAGAGGCGGCGGCGGGGACGGAGGCGGCCGCCGGGGUCGCGGUCGGGGUUUCCGCGGCGGCCGAGGAGGCCGAGGAGGAGGCGGCCGGCGGGAGCCAGGAGGCCGGGGCGCCGGGGCUAGAGCGCCGGUUGAAGAUGACAGUGAUGCAGAGACCUUUGGAGAAGAGAAUGAGGAACAGGGAAAUUAUUCAAAAAGAAAGAUAGUGUCUAACUGGGAUCGAUAUCAAGAUAUUGAAAAAGAGGUCAAUAAUGAAAGUGGAGAAUCACAAAGGGGGACGGACUUCAGCGUCCUCCUCAGCUCCGCAGAUUCUCCUUUGUUUGCUUUUACUGGUCCAGUGGCUUCCUUUUGA